CAUAAAAUACAAUUUGAGUGAAUUCAAUUAUUGUUACUAUAACUUAAGGAAAUAUUGAAGGAACUUUUCUAAUGAUCGAACAUUUUACUGAUGUGCACUAUCCCAAUAACUGAGAAAUAGUAUAAACAAAAUGCCACAAAAGAAAUUCGUAAUAAAAAUCUUUACCAAAACUUUAUAUUUUAAGAUUGAUUAAGAAAUGGAACCACUUCAAGAAAUAUAUAACCAUAAUAAAACUUUACAAGGAAUAUCAGUCAAGAUGCUAUUACCUAAACGAAUAACAAAAAAGCUGUUCCACAAAUAUCGACAACUGUCGAGGGUGACCAUUUUGAAGUUCGGAAAAAUACCGACGGUUAUGAUAUCGAUGUUGCUUCGCGUCUACAAAGUUCAACAAAGAUAUUGAAUAAAAGAAAUAAUUAAAAUGUUCAGUGAGCAAUUAUUCCCACGUAUUCUUAACUACAUUGGCGAACUCAGCACACAAAGUGAGGAUGUGCGCAAAGUGUUCGGGAAACUGGAAAAUGCACUGGAAGAUGACGAAACGCUGUGCAAAUCAAAAGAUGCUCUAAAAAAGGAUAUCGGCAAUCUACGCAUCGAUUUGACGCUGAUUCGCGAAGCUGCCAUCAUAGCCGAGGAGCAGCGUGAGGAGAACAACAACAGUCUCAAAAUCCUGGACAAUAACUAUGUCAGUCUGCUGAAAAUUGUGGAUUUCCUUGACGACGAUCGGAUGAACAAUAUUUUGCGCUUUGCUAUCCUCAGCAGGCAGAACGAAGUGCAGGAGGAGCUCAAUCAAAUUGAACUGCAGCAGAAAAUCGAUCAUGAUUGCAAAGCCGCCAUGGAACGUCGUAAGAUUGUAAAAGAAUUACGCAAGUGCCAGCAACUGUUCAAUGAUACAGAGGAGGAAAAUCUUAGCGUUGAGCUGGAAUUACAACAGCUCAACCAUCAUUGGAAAAUCAAAAUCGAUCGAGCAACACAACAACGCAACAAGAAGAUCGUCUCCCUGGUGGAGCUGAGCAAGCAAAUUACCGAAGAGCAAACUUUUAAAGUGCCAAAACCAUAUGUAGUUAAGAAUACUAUCAAAGAUAAACGUAAUGCUCCUAUUGUGCUGCAGUCAGCCAUGGAAUUCCUGAAAAACUUCCAAAUUAAGUCCAAGAUAGCGAAGCCAAACGAGCAGCAAUCGUUGCGUCCCAUUUUAGUGUCGAAUCGUUCGGCCGAGGAUGACAGGAAUAUCCAGCCUAGUCCCACGAAACAGGUGCAUUUUGGUCCGCUGCCGGUGCCGUCGUCUUCCGAAAACUCUCAAGAGACGUUUGAAAGUAAACUUGAGGAAAUGAACAAUGACUACGAUAUGGUCGAAGCUUCAGAACUCUCAGAAUUCAAUUUAGCGCAUCUGCCAGAGCGCCCGAUUAUCCAAAAUGUUGAAGUGCUACCGUCAGUGAAAUUGCAAUUUGAUAACGAUGCUGCUGUUUUUGAUGUCUCGACUUGUUCGGACUCGAACAAUGCAAACAAAUCAAUGGAUACUCUUAGCUUUAAGAAUAUGUUUCCAUCAUCUCUGAUUUGCGAUCGCAAGCCAUCGUUGGAAGAGCUCUCACAACAGUCAAUGAAUAAUUUUGAAACUAAUAAUGUUCGUGAAUCGAACACCUUAGAUUUUUCAGCUAUAAAACUUGACUGUAACAAUGAUUUUUUUCUUGAAUUUCGAUGACGAUGAUUGCAGUGUAGAUCCGCAAAAUGCCUAUGAUCUUUAAUCAUUUAAAAAUAAUACUUUUCAUAAUUUGCAAUCACGAAUUUUCUAAUGAUUUAUCCCAUUUUAAAUCAAUCUUAUUGUAUUCAAAAUCAUUUAA